AUGGGUACCUCGUCUCCUCCCACUCCGCCAUCAAGGGCCUUAAUAGAUGGCGAACGGCGAUUCAAGCCUAUUACAUUACCCUGUGAGUGGGUGGAGGAUUACCGCCCAGGUGGUUAUCAUCCAGUCGUUCUCGGCGACGUCUUCAACCGCCAGUACAAGGUCAUCCGGAAGCUUGGCGAGGGCUCCUACUCAACGGUUUGGCUCGCCCGUGACCUGAAUGGAUAUGUCGCCCUGAAGAUACUUGUGUCGGAAAUCUCGGGAUCGACAACCGAGCUACGAACCUUACGCCACAUCAUCGAAGUCGCACCAGUAGAAGGGACCCGAUAUAUCACGCGACUGCUAGGCGAGUUCGAACACCGCGGGCCCAAUGGCAUCCACAAGUGCCUGGUAUUUGAGCCCAUGGGUCCGAGUGUGAAUACUAUGGUCGAGGAGCUGCCGCAGUUCAAACCUCGCAGGCGAGGAAUGAAGAUCCGCUAUCCACUUCGGAUGGCAAAGAGCAUCCUCAAACAAUCCUUGCAGGCUCUUGCAUUUCUCCACGAAAAUGGUAUCGCCCAUGGAGACUUCCAGCCGGGAAACAUACUCUUCGCUCUUGACGAUGUCGACUCGAUGCCCGAGGACUUGCUCCGGCAAGAGGAAGAUGUGCAAGCCCGGUCGAUCUCGCCCCCGGUACAGAGGCUAGACGGUAAACAAGAUAAAUGGGCUCCUCGAUAUCUUUGCGUUGCGCAGCCACUGGUGCCCUUUACCUGCUACGCUGAAGGGUUCAAGGUCAAAUUAUCCGAUAUGGGCGGUGCAUAUUUCUUUACCGACCCGCCAACAAAGCCCGUUACUCCACUCGGUCUUCGAGCUCCCGAGCUGAUUCUUACCGGAGCCGUCAACAAUACCGUUGAUGUCUGGAGUUUCGGUUGCCUUGUCUUUGAGCUUAUCACCGGACAGCCACUCUUCUGUAUACCAUGCUCCGAGAUGGAAGAUGACGAUCAUCUUCUCUCCCUCACCGCCAAGCUCGGCGCCCUCCCCGACGAGUUCUUCAAGCAUUGGACGACCUCGUCGCUCUACUUUACGCCCGAGAGGAAGCUCUUUAAUUGUCAGCUUGGAGGAGUCGCUCCGGGGGAGGAACCGCUUAUGGUGGAGCAGACAACCAUGGAAGAGUCGUUCGAUCGGGCAGGCCCGGAUCUUGAUGAGGAGGAAGCCCACAAAGUGAAGGCGCUCAUUCGAUGGAUUUUGCAAUAUGAUCCUGCGAAGAGACCUUCGCCUGCGAAAAUUUUAUCUGAUCCAUGGUUCUGCGAGAUUGACGUUGAGAACGACUCGUCCAAGUAA